AUGGCCGACCGCAAUGCUCCUGGAGUGUCAUCGCCGCACCAAUCCUCAUCCUCUGCAGCGCCCCUUGCCGGAACAGCGGGCGCUACGUCCGUUCGGUCGCGCAACCGCCGCAACCCCGAUCAUGGCAACUACGGCAGCGGCCACAGCAGCGACGAGAACCUAACAAGAAGCUACGGGAACGUAUCACAGAGAGGUGGGAACACCAAGGGAAGAGAUGAGACGCUUGGGUUGGGGCAGUUUCUCGGUGAUUCCUGGACUCAGAGCUGGUCAUCCGUCCAGGGCUUCGCAUCCUCGCUUCUUUCGGUAGCAGAGAACCCAGGUGAUGUGUCUCGAUCGCGAGCGGAUGCUCAGUCCGGAAACGCAUUCUCUACCUCCCUUUGGAAUCGAAUACCAUCGAACCUCGGCAGCAUUGCCAGCAAGAGCUUCAAGGGAGGGAGCUCUCCCGCUUCUCAAGGCCCAAAGGCUGCGAACCGGGUGGCUGCUGGAUCAUCGGACCAGCGAGAGUCCGCGCUCAAGACCGCACAGAGGGCUAGCGUCCUGGAAAACAACAGAGCGCUGGAUUACUCGAGAUACCACAAGCGUCGAAACUCGGACGAAAUUCCCUCAGAGAACUCUCAACCAGAAGAAUAUCUGGUGUACAUCCACAAGAUACAGCCCAGCGAUACGUAUGCUGGCAUUAUCCUGCGGUACAAGUGCCAGGAGGAUGCUUUCCGAAAAGCGAAUGGCCUCUGGUCCAGGGACAGUAUCCAAGUCCGAAAAUGGGUCGUUAUUCCAGUCGAUGCCUGCGAAGUGCGAGGGCGACCCUGUGAUCCCCCGUCAAGCAGUCAAAACCACGCCGCCACCAAUUCUCACAAAACACCGUCACAAGCUACACCUGAUACUCUUUUCAACUUACCAGGCGAACGGCCUGCACCGGAAGAUGAGAGUGCUGAAAAGGACGCCAUGCCAUGGUCACACGUCAGAUGGGUCAGGAUAGAUUCACUGCCUGAGCCGGUAGAAAUCGGGCGCAUGGCGCGCCAGAAACUGGGCUACUUCCCGCCGCGGAGGAAAAAGACUGGCAGGACCGUUUCUUUCUCAUCAACGCCGCGGCAAAGCCUCGACGCCUCCACCACCUCAGAUCAAAUAGACCAGCCCAUGUCCAGGCGACAGAGCGCGGCCGACGAUCGACCAACGCUGCUGGGAAGACGAGACUCCCUCCGCAGUCAUGGAAGCAGCGAGGCGCCGGAUAUGAGGCCGGCGUGGAUGCGACGCGCUGGUGGUGUAGGCCCUUUGAGCAGGAAUAUCCGGGCUCCCGGUCCAGACAAGGACUACCUCAACUCGUGGGCCAAAAAGCACUUCCCUGGCCUUGACAUGGACAAGUUGCCGUCCAUGUCGGUAAUGGGGUCAGAGAUGGCACGCUUCGGCUUCGAUCGUGAACCUGCUGAAAUCGUGGAAGGCACUUAUCAAGAGGGGGGAGAUACAGAGUCACCAAGCAAUCAGAACAAUGGCUUGGACAAGGCGGCGGCCGCAGUUGAGACGUGGCUGCGAACUGCGUGGUCGAAGCGGAAUAUGGGCCCGUUGAUUGGCGGUUUGCCACGGCAGAGGAACACGAACGGACAGGAUUUUGGAGACCUAAUAGAGCUGACACCUACGCCAGGUGCCGAAGGCACGCCACGCCUCGAUAUGUUUGAUUCACAAGCAUCGUCGCAAUUCCUUGGGGGUAUCUCGAGCGACGAUUCUAGCAUAAAGCGAUAA